AUGUCCUUAGUAAAGCCUAACCCUGCUAUGCAGGCCGCUGCGGCUAGUUUCUCCUCUGUUAUACAGAAACGCAAAGAUGCCUUUUACGAGCUAAGAAAGCAAGCUUACUAUCGCGUCGCACCUGACGGCAAUUGGACGCCAGCAACAUCCGAUCGAGCGCUCCCAAAAGACGAAUCAGAUACACUUCUUCAUCCCAGGAAGCUUCGUUUGAUAUCCUGGAAUAUCGAUGUCCUCGUUCCGUUCGCAGAAGAACGAAUGAGCGCUGCACUAGAUCAUUUGCACGACUUAGUAUCAUCGACACCGCCAGAAAUCGCGAUCGUCAUAUUUCUACAAGAGAUGGGAGUCUCAGACAUGGAGCAGAUACGAGACUCAACCUGGGUCAAGCAACGCUUCAACCUCACAGACAUCGACUCACAAAACUGGCUGAGCUCUCACUACGGGACGACCACACUCGUCGAUCGGCGAAUGCACAUAGACUCUGUGUUCCGCGUUCCGUGGUACAGCAAGUUCGGACGAGACGGCCUGUUUGUGGAUAUCAAACUAUACAACUGCAUUCGUCCAGAUCUUCCGGUGAAACUGCUACGGCUAUGUAACACCCAUUUCGAGUCUCUGGUUGCUGAUCCGCCUGUCCGCCCCAUUCAGAUGGCAGCCGCAAAGCAGUAUCUCAGCCACCCGGAUGUCGAAAGCGCAAUACUAGCUGGCGACCUCAAUGCUAUCGAGCCCUUCGAUCGCUCUCUGCACACAGAUAAUGCGCUCGAGGAUAUGUAUCUCUCUAUUGGCGGGCAUAAAAACGCUCCCAGUAAUACCGCUGUCUUCGGCAACCCCGUUGUCUACGAUGAAAAUAAUGUCCCUCAAAACGCCAAUCGUCCCGGUGAAGAAGACAGCGAUGCCGGGUACACCUGGGGUUACCAGUCCCCAAAAGACAUGAGAGAUAGGUUUGGAUGUAGUAGGAUGGACAAGAUCUUGUUCCAAGGGUGGUUAGGUCCUUGGAAGUUCCAAAGGAUCGGUAUGGGCGUCAAAGUCGCAGAGGAGCAUAGACAGAUGAUGAAGGAGGCGGGCGAGCUAGAUUGGGUCUCAGAUCAUUAUGGCGUCAUGGGCGAUUUUCUGCUCACUUAUCGUGGACAGUUGAGGAAGUCUGAACUAUGA